AUGACUGAUUUUUGUGUACGCAUCGCGGACGCUGCAAACUCAAACAGCUAUCAAAACCUUUCGCAACGGUACACGUUCCUCGGUUGUAGUCGCGUACAAAGUAUUUCUGUUGUGAGAGUAGUGCGACGCAGCAGGCCAGGACCGAGAGUUUCGCAGCGACGAACAAAGGGAGAUGGUCUAUUGAGCGCGGGUGGUGCGUAUCGGGCGGCCGUGACGUCACUCGGCCAAGGCGUCGAGGCCGAUGCGGCGGGCGCGCUCGUGAUCUCGGCGCUCCGACGAGCGCGGCGAGUGGGUGCAGCGGAGCGGGCCAGCCUGGCCUCCACUGACUCGGGCGACGAGGGCGCUGGGCACCGGCCGCCGCGCAAGCGGACCCGCAGGCUGUCGCCGCCCGCCCGGCCCGCAGACAUGCACCAGCCCUGUACCAACGGCGCGCCGCCGCCGCCGCCGCACCAUGUCAACGGCGACACUGCGACACGUAAUGGGGACCUGCAGCCGCCUGGCCUGCGGAUGAGUCAGACGGACCAGGAGAUCGUGCGCCUUAUAGGCCAGCACCUCCUCUCUAUUGGGCUUGAGCGCAGCGCGGCGCUGCUGAUGGAGGAGUCGGGGCUGCACCUGGAGCACCCGGCGGCCGCCACGUUCCGGCAGCACGUGCUGGCCGGCGACUGGGUCAAGGCCGACCACGACCUGCGCGCGCUGCACGACCUGCUGCGGGACUCGCCGCACGUCGACCCACACAGUCUCGCAGAGAUGAAGUUCGUGGUGCUGGAGCAGAAGUACCUGGAGCACCUGGAGGCAGGGCGCGUGCUGGACGCGCUGCACGUGCUGCGCAACGAGCUGACCCCGCUGCAGUACGACACGCCGCGCGUGCACCGCCUGUCCGCGCUCAUGAUGUGCGCCGACGCGCGCGAGCUGCAGCAGCGCGCGCACUGGCCCGGCUCCGGCACGCACUCGCGCGCCAACGUGCUCGCGCGCGUACAGUCGGUGCUGCCGCCGACGUUGAUGAUGGCGCCGGGUCGGCUCCGCGCGCUGCUGUCGCAGGCGACGCUGCACCAGGCGUCGCGCUGUCGGUUCCACGCGGCGCCGCGUCCGUCCGCCAACCCGGAAAAUAUCCCCUUCUCCCUGCUGGCAGACCACCACUGCUCCGCGGAUCACUUCCCGAUACACUCGCUGCAGGUGCUGAAUGAGCACUGCGACGAGGUGUGGUACUGUAAGUGGUCGCCAGAUGGCUCUCGCCUCGCGUCUGGUUCCAAGGACAACACUGUCAUGAUCUGGGACUUCGACCCCGUGGCCAAGCGCCUCACCUUCAGGAAGUCCCUGGAAGGCCACACAUACGGCGUGUCGUUCCUAGCGUGGAGUCCGGAUGGUCGCUAUCUGAUCGCUGCCGGCCCUGAGGACUGCCCCGACCUCUGGAUAUGGAAUAUGGAGACGGAGCAGUUGCACCUGAAGAUGACUCACUCCCAGGAGGACUCCCUCACGGCCGUGGCGUGGCACUCCACCUCCGACAAGUUCGUGUGCGGAGGCGCGCGGGGACAGUUCUACCACUGCAGCCUCGACGGCAGCCUGCUGAACAGCUGGGACGGCGUGCGCGUGAACGCGCUGGCGUGUCGCGGGGACGCGCGCGCCGUGCUGGCCGCCGACACGCACCACCGCGUGCGCGCGUACGACUUCAGCGACCUCACCGACAGGAACCUUAUCCAGGAGGAGCACGCAGUGAUGGCGAUGACAGUGAACCAGGCCGACACGCUACUACUGCUCAACGUGGCCAACCAGGGCGUGCAUCUAUGGGACAUACGUGCGCGUGCGUUGGUGCGUCGGUUCCGCGGCCUGAGUCAAGGUCACUUCACCAUCCAUGCCUGCUUCGGCGGAGCGCAUCAGGACUUCAUCGCCUCCGGGAGCGAGGAUAACAAGGUGUACAUCUGGCACAUAGCGGGCGAGGAGCCCAUCGCGGUGGUGUCGGGCCACACGCGCUGCGUCAACUGCGUGUCGUGGAACCCCGUGCACCACGACGUGCUGGUGUCCGCCUCCGACGACUACUCGCUGCGCCUGUGGGGCCCGCGCACGCACCACUCCUAGUACCUGGGGACGCGGUGUCCGCCGGGGGUCAUCUGCCAGCGCCAGUGCAACUCUCUGCACUGCAAGCUGGAGCUGGCCCUGCCGCCCGGGCCCGCGCCGUUGCCUGCGGCCCCCGCCGCGCCCGCGCCGGGGGCAGAGCCCCAACCUGAGCCCGAGUCCCGCCGCACCCCUGGGGCUGCGCCCUGAACGUGCGCCGCCUCCACUGCUCAGUGGAUGCCGACGGGCCUCUAGCUCACACGUGUGUUGGAUAUACGCCACGGAAUCACGACUAGUGUACGUCGCCGACUGACGAUAUUCGAUCUAAAUAGUGUGACAUUGUGUAAUCUGUGUGCGCUGGAACUAAUUUACUCUAUUAUUCAUACUUAAAUAAGUCAUGUAUCGAGACCGGGACUAUCCGACGUCCGGUUCCAUGUAACGAUUGCUCGUAGUAUGUAGUGGUGGUUGGCCCCGCGAUGUUAGAGCCGGCGCCGCCGGAUAGUGCCCGCGAGUCAGUAGUCCGUACUGUAUACUGUACGCGAUGUACUGGCCACUGAAACUGUAACUUAUGUUUACUGUAAUGUGAGUGAAUAUAGCGCGUGUACACGCGGUGCGGGCGGGGGGGGGGGGGGGG